AAAUUUACAAGUAUUUUUUAAUACCCAAAAAAAUAUGGACACGUAAAUGCAGAUAUUCCUACUUCCAUAAACCCGACGUUGUAUAAAAUGGAGAAUCGGGGGAGAAGGAGCAGAAGACGGUCCAGGGGAAGACGCGAAGGCUACCCAGAUUCCACCAGUUUAUUCGGCAAUAAGUGUCUGAUCACUGCUGCACUGGUUUUUGCAUUUGUCAUGCUUCAGUACAAUUGUAGGAACUGCUACGCGAAAAAAGAGCUGAUGAAGAUUACUAGUAGUGUCGAGGAUAUAGCGAAACAUUUAAAAACCAUUCAAAGAAACUACCAACUUAUGGAAGACAAACUUGCGUUAUAUUCUCAAGAAAUACCAAAGCUGGAGGACCAGGUGGCAUCUUUGGAGUCAUUGGCUCAAGCAUUAGACGUCAACAGAUUCGGUUGGAACCCCAGGGUACACGCUACGUUACCGUACGUCGACGUGAAGUUGAAUCAUUUCAACCUUACUCGAAUCCCAACUAAAAAUUCAACUAAAUCGUAUAAUUAUUAUCGGAAUCUCAAAAAUAAUAGUACGAAAGUAAUGUGAACUUUUUGA